AUGACUUCCACUACCGUCCGCCGCAUCACGCUGUUCAAGGUUCCAGACGAGGACAAGCAGCUGAAGCUGGUCAAGGCGUACCGCACGAUGAAGAAGGAGCUGCUGGAGGAGAAAAAACGUUCCAUCUUGCUGCUCGACGUCGCCAAAGCCACGGACGACCCGCGCUCCAAGGGCUACACGGUGGCCGCGAUCAUGUCGUUUGGCAGCAGGGCCGACAUGGAGGAGUACGAGGAGUGCCCUGCGCACAAAGCGCUUCAGGAGGUGGCCAAGGGGCUGGUUGCGGAGCCGCCGCUGGUGGUCGUGUUGGAGGGGGAGACGGAUGUGACGAAUUGA